AAUCCAUUAUGCUAACUAGAGCAUCCCAGGCCACGAUGUCAUUGCUCAGGCUCAGUCUGGUACCGGAAAGACUGCCACUUUCUCCAUCUCCGCUCUCCAGAAGAUCGACCCGGAGCUCAAGGCCUGCCAGGCUCUGAUUGUCGCUCCCACCCGUGAGUUGGCUCAGCAGAUCCAGAAGGUCGUUAUCGCCAUCGGUGACUUCAUGAACAUUGAGUGCCACGCUUGCAUUGGUGGUACCAACGUCCGUGACGACAUGAACACCCUCCGCAACGGCCCCCAGGUCGUUGUCGGUACCCCCGGUCGUAUCCACGAUAUGAUUGAGCGCCGUGUCCUCAAGACCGACCAGAUGAAGCUCUUCAUCCUCGACGAGGCUGAUGAGAUGCUUUCUCGUGGUUUCACCGAGCAAAUCUACGACAUCUUCCAGCUCCUCCCCCAGUCUACCCAGGUCACCCUGCUGUCCGCUACCAUGCCCCAGGAUGUCCUUGAGGUCACCACCAAGUUCAUGCGUGACCCCAUCCGUAUCCUGGUCAAGAAGCAGGAGCUUACCCUCGAGGGUAUCAAGCAGUUCUACAUUGCUGUCGAGAAGGAGGAGUGGAAGCUCGACACCCUCUCCGAUCUCUACGAGACCGUCACCAUCACCCAGGCCGUCAUCUUCUGUAACACCCGCCGCAAGGUCGACUGGCUCACCGACAAGCUCACUGCCCGUGACUUCACCGUCUCUGCCAUGCACGGUGACAUGGAGCAGGGCCAGCGUGAUGUUAUCAUGAAGGAGUUCCGUUCCGGAUCUUCCCGUGUCCUGAUCGCCACUGACCUUCUGGCCCGUGGUAUCGAUGUCCAGCAGGUCUCCCUGGUCAUCAACUACGACCUUCCCGCCAACCGUGAGAACUACAUCCACCGUAUCGGUCGUGGUGGUCGUUUCGGUCGUAAGGGUGUUGCCAUCAACUUCGUCACCGCUGACGAUGUCCGCAUGAUGCGUGAGAUUGAGCAGUUCUACAGCACCCAGAUCGAGGAGAUGCCCAUGAACGUUGCUGACCUCAUCUAAACUCCCUAAUACCAUCACCUAACGUCCCUCGAUGCGGAUUACGAAUGCAGUUGCCAAUAACGCUCCAAGGGUGAGCUGCGGUGGGAAAGACGUUUUGACAUCGUUGCGCUUCUCUUGGUAAAGGAGAAUCCUUCAAAAAGUGGCUUUCUGUGUCUCCAGCAUUUUCUCUUUUAGCAGUGGCGAGCGGGAACCGUCUUAGUCUGCGUGUUUCUGUCUUGUU